UUAUUUAACUUGACUCUGAAGAUUUCAAAUUAACAAAUCAGGCCUUGCAAAAAAACUCAAAAUCAAAUCUAACUAAUAUUUUCCCAGUAAAACUGAUAAGCUAAAUAAGUAAAGAGCUGCUUUUCCAAUUUAUUAAAAUUUUCCAAGUUCACCUUAUCAAGUUUCCACUGUACCCCUGCCAGCAUUUGUAAACAAAAGAACAGCUGAGCGAGCAGCGAGUGGCUGAGUGAGUUUGAGGUAAGCUUUUGCGUUGUGAAAAAUUCACUGAAAGAUAAGCGGAAAAAGCUGAAAAAUACAAAAUUUCAAGUCCAAGGGAAAGAGAACUAGACAAAGUCACAAUCUCACGUAUCCGACAGAUACGACUAUCUCACAAAAUCCAAAACGAAACCCAUUACGUGGAAACACUCGAAGGCAACAACAUCUACUUUUUUGGGAACCCACAAAAUGGUGCCUAACGAAUGGUCUGACAAACAGAUCCUAGUCAAGUGCGGCGGCUUCUCUUCCCAACUGGCCAAAAAUGUCACCGAGGAGGUGGACGGCGAUCCGCUGUGGGGCUCUCGCUUCGAUGCCACCAACCCGGUGGCUGUGGUCCGCACGCAUCUGGAUUUCCUGCGCAGCGGCGCCGACAUCAUACUGACCAACACCUAUCAGUCCAGCGUGGAGGGAUUCACCAAGUACCUGGGACUCACAGAGACCGAGGGCAUCCAGAUGAUGCAGACCAGUGUGGCCCUGGCCAACGAGGCCAAGCAGCAAUACCUUAGAGAGACGGGAGGAGAGGGAUCAGCAAUAUUCCCCUUGGUUUUGGGUUCCAUUGGACCCUAUGGCGCCUGCCUGCACGAUGGCUCCGAGUAUUCGGGUAACUAUGCCGAUCGAGUGACCAAGGAAGAGCUAAAGGAGUGGCACAAAACCAGGAUUUUGUCGUGUCUUUCGGCUGGCGUUUAUGGUUUGGCUUUGGAGACGUUGCCUUGCCAACUGGAGGCCGAGGCAGUGACGGAAUUUGUGACAGAGCUCAGUGAGAAGACCACUUUUUGGGUGUCCUUUCAGUGUAAGGACAAAUCUCACCUGGCCAGUGGUGAAUCCUUUGCCACAGCAGCCCUCUCCAUCUGGCAUUUGGUCAAGAGCCGGAAGGCCGAGGAUCGGUUCCUGGGCAUCGGCGUAAACUGUGUGAAUCCACAGUUUGUUACCCCGCUGCUGACAUCCUUCAUUAAGGCCACUGGCCAGAAUGAUCGUCCUCCUUUGGUGGUCUACAGCAAUCGCGGCGAGAUCUACGAUGCCCAGCUGGGCGAGUGGACGGGCACCGGUGAGCAGGUGGCCAAGUUUGUACCCGAAUGGCUGAACCUGGGCGUUCGCAUCGUCGGCGGCUGUUGCCGGGUCUAUCCGGCGGACGUGCUGGAGAUCCGCAAGUGCGUCGAUAGCUACAAACUAGACCCGUAAUCGGUCGGUCAACCACUGAUAGCCGUCGCUGCUGUUUGUUGUGUUUAAGUGCGAAAGCCGUGCCGUGUGACUAGAACUAGACCUAGACCUAUAUAGUUUUUGCUAAAUACAUACUUUUUCGUA